UUGCUUCGUAGACUAGUACCACACAGUUUGCGAGAAGGGGAGAGGUAGAGGUUCCGAGGUAGAGAGAUAGAGAGGAGGAGAGGGAGGGCGAGGCGGCGGAUCCGUCACUCCGUUCUUCUCCGCUGAUCUGGAGGAAGGAGGCGAGGUACGCACUGCUAUCUCCUUCCAGUUCGUUCGAGAAGACGGUCGUUGGGUGAUUCGGCGGGCGCUCCUGUUCUGUAGUAAAGUUGUUUGUUUUUUGUCUCUUGUAUGUUUGGUUUCUUGAUCGGAAACAGAAGUCCCAAAUUCUUUCUUUUGCUUGGUCAAGUGCCAAUUGGGAGGCAGAACGGAAGACAGAACCUCCAUGCGAACUUUAGUCGCGCUGAUUUCGAUGGAAUCGGAACUGAUUUAGGUGUAUUUUAGCUCUGAUUGUUCUUGGCAGGAGUACAAUUUUAGUAGCACCGUUUGAUGGUACGGUUCUUCUGGGUGGUAAAUUGCCCUUCCUGCGACGCGAUGUCAGACUUCGAUCUCUGUUGGAAGACGCUAGACAUUGCAGACAUAAAUAUUUUUACUGCAAUCAUGAGCUCGAAAUCCAAAUGUUAAUCAGUUCACAGUUCAGACAAUCGCUUGAACAUGUUUAAAAGCUGGACGAGGUUUCAUCUACUCGAUUGAAUCCUCGUCUUCGCCGCUAAAUCGUUGCAGGGGAGUUGCAAAUCCAUCAAUGGCCACUCCAACCACCUAUUCAGUCCGCAUAUCCUCGGAGACCCACAAGAUUGAAGCCUGGGUGGUGUCUGACGAAGCUUUGGCCAGGCAACUGCAGGAGGAGGAGAACACGCGUGACGCUGCUGCCGACACCAGAGAAGUCGCCGGCAAUGUACCCUUGGAGUCAUCGUCACCGGCUGUUGAGUACAGGCCUGCACAGAAUGCAGCUCAGGUUGCAAGGGAAGACAAUGUGGACCCAGAUAAUAUGUCAUAUGAGCAACUACAAGCAUUAGGGGAAGCAGUAGGAAUUCAGUCCAGAGGGUUAUCUGAUGAGCUGAUAUCUUAUUUGGAGCCAUUUAGGAACAAGUGCACUUUCUUCUCCAGGAAAAAGAACAGUGAGGAAUGUGUGAUCUGCAAGACAACAUAUAGAAGCCGGCAGAAAUUGAUAAGACUACCCUGCAGCCACUGUUAUCACGCAGAUUGCAUAACUCGUUGGCUUAAGAUCAACAAGGCAUGCCCAGUCUGCAACGAGGAGGUGUUUGGAUGAACUGCAAGGUUCCUGGCAGAUGCUGCGGUUUCAUCGUUACUUGCUUGCGGCAUGCUUUUGAGAAGACGUUGGACGCAUAAGGUCCAUUGUUUGUGAUUAUGUUGUGAGCCUAGUUUGGUGCCCUUUGCUUAAGAGGACUGGCUCUGCCCAUGCAUGGGUCGGUCUACACGUGUGCUAGUAACUGGACCAGGUCGCGUUUUGUGAUGCGUCUAUCCAUCUUGGUUUUAUCACAAAUUGAUAGAUCUGUUGUGUGGGUAGUUUGGUUGCCGUUUUCUGAAUAUAAUGGAUGGUGUUUUUGCC